AUGUGUUUGUUAUCUUUUGUAGAUGGUGGUAUCACCUUUGCGGCACUUCGAGCGAAGGCGAAUGGGACGUCGAAGAAGGCAUCGAAGAAGGUUCCCUCUAAGUUGGGAGGUUCUUCGAAUGGUUUGCCUCGCGAGGAAGUUCAUGUAGAAAGUCCUCGAGUAGUAGCAGAUGAUCGUAGCAGUGCUGGCGUAGUGGAAGAGCGUCCACCGAAGAGGGAUCGUGGCAAGGGAAAGAGGGUGGAUACUGAGUAUGUGGCUGUGCCUAAGCGUCCACGGGUAGAUCCAGAGGAGACUUAUGCUUUCCAUGGUGGAGGAGGGAAACAAUUGUUUACCUAUGGUGUGAAUCGCGACGGUAAGGAGUCGUAUUGGGAUGUGUCGGACCAUGAUUUGCCCUUGUUGAGUACCGAGGGAUUUGUUCGGGAGUAUGAUCGUGCUCGGAUGUCUGGUAAGGGUCCUUCUCACAUGUUGGAGUUAGCCGGUGGGGACAUCUGUCGGGUGAGUCUUUGUUUACUUAAAACAAGAUUAGGCGUUACUCCCUCUCUUCCUUGUGUAAAUUUUUUUUUUUUUUUUUUAGUUGGUAGCGACUUGGAGAUACCUCGUGGAGCACGGUAGGAAUGCGGAAGCUGGUAAGGAAGAGGAUC